UCUACGGUAUCUGAAGUAAGGACUUUGAGCAGAGAAAAAAUUAGAAAAUAUUAGAAAUAAUUUCAGUUCGGGUUAUUUGGAAUUUGGCGGGGUUUGAUGACGCUUAGGAACUAAAGAAAGUGAGGUGGCACUUAGAAGAACUAAAAAAGUGAUGGCAUGGCUGCUUGCUGGAGGGGUAGCUGCGGCCGCUGGCCUUUUAUGGGCAAAUAUGGACUGGUUCAAAAAUAUCCCCCAAGCAGACUAUCCCUACAUUAAAGAUAUAAAAGUAGAAACUCUUGAUGGCUCAGACAGAAUUGUAGAUGCUGCAGAUCUGUGGAGAAAGAAUGGUGCUGUAAUUAUGGUUAUUAGAAGGCCAGGAUGAUCUUUGUGCAGAGAGGAGGCUCAAGGGCUAUCCUCUCUGAAGCCUGAACUUGAUCGACUUGGAAUUCCCCUUGUUGGUAUAGUUCAUGAAAAGCUAGGAGUCAAAGAAUUUCAGCCUUUUUUCAAGGGAGAGAUUUACUUGGAUUCCAAGAGAAAGUUCUAUGGACCUCAGGAAAGAUACAUGUUUGUUAGUGGAUUCCUGCGGGUUAGUGUGUGGCGUUCCUUUUUCAGAGCCAAGGGCAAAGGUGUUGAGGGUAAUUUGAAAGGAGAAGGAAGGAUUUUGGGAGGAGUUUUUGUGAUGGGAGCYGGAGAUCAGGGAAUUCUCCUACAGCACAGAGAAAAGGAGUUUGGUGACCAUGUUGAUCUUGAGGAUGUCAGAAAAGCUAUUAGAUUGGUUAAUGCUCCGUCCAAGAUGUAACUCUCAUUGAUCAGCUGUUGGAUUCCUUACGCUAUUAGUCUUUCCAAUGGGUUGAGGRAAAAUCUGGCUCAAGUGCACAUUACAAUGAAUUCUGGGUUCGUUUUUUUGGGACACAUUUCCAAGAWGCCAUCUAUUGAGUCCUCAUACAGCUCCAAAAUUCACUGCAAUGCCAAUUGACCCAGUCCUAAYCUUGGAGAGGCUAAUAGUGUAAGGAAUCCAACACAAAAAGGUCGUACAUGUUGCUUGUUUUUGGCAAUAAUUUAACAAGUUAUCGAGGGCAAUAAUUACAAGCAUAAUGACGGUGAAGAUUACAAACUCCUAGUGAAGGAGACAUCUUUACCUGAUGCUUAAAGCCUGGGGUUAUUGUGCUGCGUAAACCUAUUGAAUUUUGAACCAACUCACAAGCACUUGUCUACCUUAGUUUCARAUAUUAAGCUUCAAAGUUUGAUUUUCCCAAUAAUUAUUUUAUCAAUAAUAUAUAUCAAUCCRUAAGAGGCUUCACGAAAGCAAGUAAAACUGAAAUAGAUUAAAGAGAAUAUGAAAUAAAAAUGAAAAUCAGAAUUAGUGUUAAAGAAUAAAUCAAAUCACCUCCAAAGUA